AUGUCUGAUAUACUCCAAGAGAUCGCCGACGUGCCUAAGGAGUUCUUCAAGGACGGAACGCAGUUUAUCAACAGAUGUACAAAGCGUACGUUCCUCUCAUCCGUUCUCCUAUCUCGUGAUUCCAUGACGCAGGAGCAGGAGCAGGAGCAGCAGGUGCAUGGCGGAGUUGUGACGCACAGCAAAGCAGAGCGCCAUUUUGCCUGUCCUGUAUCUCUCCUCCGCCGGCGCUCCUCUCAACUGCGCUUCAUUGUCCACACAGCGGCGGCUGUGCUCGAAAACUUGCUCUCAAACCGACCACCCAUACUAACUCCAUUUUUGGUUGGAACAAAAACAGCCGAUCGCAGGGAAUUCAUCAAGAUCUCGCAAGCCGUGGGCAUGGGAUUCCUGAUCAUGGGCGCCAUCGGAUAUUUCAUCAAGCUGAGUGCGCACUCCCCGACCUUAUCCAUUUUGCGCUCCUUUCCCAUCCCAAUCACGAGACGUGAAAUGAGGAAAACGGCUGCACACACCUAUCAAUAA